AAUAACCAGACGACGGAAUCAUUGUCGUAAUUUUUUCCAAUUUGUUAAGUGAAAAUUUUUCAAAUAAAUUAUUUACUUGUAAAAUGCAAUAAAAAUUUCAAAAUUUUUGUGAAAAUAUCAAGUUUAAUACAUAUAGAUUACGUAAUAUAUAAAAUUAUUAUGGAUUUAUUGAAAAUAAAGUGCUUAAAUUACAAGUGAAAAAAUCUUUUGUGUGGCCUCGUCUUGUAUCACAUACAAAGGUGGAUAUAUUUUGUUGUUGUUGUUAUUAUUGUAUUUUGUAUGUAGAAGUUGGAUGUAUGGAGACAGGCAGUAGGUAGAUCAAUAACACCACUAACCAAUAUGGAAAAUAUUAAAUUUAUGGCUAAAAUUAUUUUAUGAUUAAGACGAAUAUUAUAGUCUUAAUCAAUAAAAGGUCGAAAUAACCAUAUACUUAUACAAACAAUUUUGAACCAAUAAUCAACAUACACACACGCAAGCACGUGCACAAUCGGAACAAAAAUAAUCUUUCAAAAUGACGGAAAAUGUUCAGUGUCCAGUAUGUACUCUAUACCUGCAUGCAGGUAUGAAUCUGUCGGAUCACUUGGAGACACAUCCGAAAGAACAAGUGAUUCGAGCCUUAGUACAAAUGACCAUAACCGGUACAGGAGUUGGAAGCAAUAAUACGUUGGCAUCUGUGUUAGCUGGAGAUAAUGGCAAGAAAAAACAAACUACAGAAUUAGAUGAGAAAUCUUUGCCAAACAAUAAAGAUAAGGAACCUCUUAUUGGUAGUGGCAGCAACAGUUGCAGCGCUGCUAGCACAAGUAAUUCAGCUAGCAAUUGUUCUUUGUCAAACCAAAGUGUUGGUAGUAGUAGUCAAAAUUCGAAUAACGUUUUAAAUUUUUCUGCUACCAAAAUUGAAAGACAUCAUGAAAAUGAGCGGGAUAAAACCCAAACAACAUCUCCCACAUUGCCAGCGAAGACAGUGGUUAAAGCAGAAACGAAUUCGGUCGCAUUGACCAAGGAAAUUGCACCUGCGAACGAAGAUGUGAAUCAAUGCUUUUCCAAAAAGAGUGUCAAUCAAAUGAAUUCAACACCAAACUCUACAGUAAAUACAAGUCAUUCAUAUCAUCCAAAUGCUGUAGAAUUGGCAAAUUCAAACAAUAUACAUACUAGUUUUAAUAUGUUUGGAGGCAAUCCACGUUAUGAUCCACAACAACGUAGUGGUAUUAACAAUCAAAAUAAUCAAUUACCAACACUCCCACACAUGCCACCGCCACCACCUCCAGCAUCAUCGCAAAGUCAACAUCACAGUCAACACCAAGAAGUAAGCCGUGGAAUUAUAGCAACGAGUUCCAAUGGAACAUUUCAUUCGAUACAAACACAACAAUUGCCUCCUCCACCGCCCCCACCGCAUCAUGCCUCGUCGCAUAUAGGCAAUACAUCAUCUAGCGGACAUCGCCAGACCCAUAUGUUUGCAGCAGGUCAACAUCAAACGACACCGUCAAAUUCUCAUCAUCAACAAAGUUUAAAGGUUAUAUAUACACCUAAUUUGCCACCACCGCCUCCGCUGCAGCUUUUUACUUAUCAACCACAAACACAUGUGCAACACCAUCAGAAACCCCCACCGGCCUAUGGCACUGCAAUUAGUCAAAUACGAUCUCAACAUAAUCAAAAUAAGCAUCAAGUGACAGGGUCAUUGGCAACGCAAAAUCAAACAUUGCAGCCACAUUCAGUUGUACAUCAACAACAUCAUUUGCCACAAACAUUGCAACACAAUUUAAGGAUUCAAGUACCACCGCCAACACAACCGAUUCCAGCAAAACAUUCAUAUUCGCCAAAAACUAAUGCUUUGUCAAUUCAACACCAUUCAACAACAUCUACUAGACAUAAUCAACUACAACAACAUCAGCAACAACAAUCUAAAGCUGAUGUAACACAACAACAGCAGCAGGAACAACAGCAGACGCACGCAAAUUCUGAAACUACCCAAAAUUCUAGUAACAACAUUUUUAAUUCAAAUGAAAAUUCUAACAAAACAAUUAAGGGUUGUUCAGCUUCAACGACAACUCAAAAUCCAAACGCGCCGUCAUAUCCCCAAGUUUCAAUAAGUCCAUCUGCCGCUUCAGCCUCAAUAGCUGCUGUAGCCGCCUCUACUUUGGGUAGACACACAAACUCUCCAUUUGCUGCAUUAUUGGCUGCUGCUGCGGGAGCUCCAUCCCCUUCCAAUGCUUCGUCAGUUUUGCGUUACGCUGAGUCACCUGUAGCCCAUUAUUUAGAACGGGAAAAUGGUGAUUUUAUUGUACAAGAAACUCCUAAACAUAUUGUUGAGUGUGUAGAGACUGAUAAUGGAGAGUUUUCUGUCAUUGAACGUAUAUACCAAUCCCCUCCCAGUGUUUUACAUAUUCAUGACGAUGAUGACGAUGAAGACGAUGAUGAUAGUAACAGAGAAGACCGCGCUGGAGAUGAACAGAAAGAAUAUGUUGAAAGUAAGUCCAAACAACAUGAUGUUAACACUACUGAUAAAUCUAAGGGCGAAUCGGAGGAUAAGCCAAGGACAUCAAAAUCUUCCUCCAAAGAUGACAGUAAAAUGUCUGUUGAUACAAGUAGAUCUAAAAGGAAGUCUUCACAUGACGUUGAAACUCCAGACGAUAAGGAAAUUGUUGAUUUUGUUAGCAUUUCUAGUGAUAGCAGCGAUGAAGAAGAAUUCAUAUCUCAGGAGGAAAAGGAUUAUAAAAAUACCACCGAAAAGAAUAAAAAUAAUCAAACAUCAUCUACAUCCAUAUCCUCCAUACAAACAGCGUCAACGCUGUCAUCAACAUCCACAUCAUCAUCCGUAUCGCCUUCGUUAACAACUGAUAAUGGCGACGAUCAACAAACAAAUUCAAUGCCUAACGCUUCAUUACAUUCUACAUCUACUUCUUCGUCUUCUUCAUCGGCGGCAAACACAAACCAAAUCCCACAAAAUUCAGGAGUAAACAGCAAUACUAACACGAGUGCUCGUAAGAAAUCAUCAAAAAACACUAUCACAGUUUUAAGUGAUGUUCAUUUGAAUUUAAAUGAAUAUUUGGAUUUGGUUGGAAAUAUUAUUGCUUCAAGUAAAGUAGCGGCACAGCGUAAAACAUUUGCAUCCAUAGCUCCUGUACCUUUGGUUAAAAUUGAAAAGGAAGAGCCUAUGGAUGAAUAUAUAACAUCAGCAACAACUGAAACCAAUUUCAAAACUCCACCACAACAAGCAACAUCUUUAAAGGCCAACAAACAUGAGACUGAAGAUAUAACUGAUAACCCUAGCAGUAGUAAUAGUAAACAGACAACAAAUAACCAUAAUGUAAUUUUAACCAAUGAACUAAAGCACGAUGAGCAGGAUGAAAAGAAACCUCAGGUCUUUGAAAAUGUCACCGAAUCGAAUACCUCGUCUAGCCUAAUGACUAUAAAUUCCAGUCACGUUACCAGUGUUAUACGUAUGGCCACAACUAGUCAACACCAAUCUCAGCUACAACAACAGCAGCUGCAGAAUCCAUCAGAAAGCAAUAAAAAUUCGACAGAAGCCGAAGAUCUUUCACAACCGCAACGUAAUGUUCAAACUGUGGCAAGUUCCAAGUCAUUAGGACAUACACCGUUGGCUCGUAAAGGUCCUAAAAAACUAGUUAUUAAGCCAAAAUCUUCAAAGACUGAAGUUUUGCCACCUACCAACACCAAUGCAAAUAAACAAAACCAAAACCAAUUAGAUGAUGAUCAGGAAAUGCCAACAACUUCUGCUAAAGCUAGACAAGGGUAUACAAAGCAAACCUCCCUUGAAGAGGAUGCGUUAAAUGCCACAGAAGUAAAGGUUAAAAAUGAACCCAUCACGUCGAUAACAUAUGAAAAUCAGCACCAACAUUCUCACUAUCAACCAACUAGUUUUAGUAUCUUGGAGCAACAUCUUAAUUCGAAAGAACCUAUACUCGAGUUUAAAGAGGAAAAGCCAUGUAUAACGGAAUCUAAUUUACCAUCGACCUCGAUCAUAAAAGCAAUGAAGAUAGAAAAUAAUGUUAACGAUGAUGCGCGUGUACUUUAUGAUUUUGCAAAUUCGAAAAAAUCGCAAAAGGAAACUACACCUACUUUUCCAUCUUCCACAUCGCUUUUUUCAAGCAAACAAACUCCUUUAGAGACUACAUCGCUCUUAGAUGUACAACAGCAGCACCAGCAACAGGUCACUAAAGAAUUGAAUAAUGAAAAUGAUACAUCAUCUUCGUCAUCAUCAACUUAUUCAUCACAAUCAGCUAUGGAUGCUACAAUGCCCUCGGAAGAACAUAACGAAAGUUCAACUACAAAUGCCUCGGCUGCAACAACUGGUCAAACUCAACAGCAGCCUAAUCAGGUGUAUACUGACUUUCAUUUUAAUUAUCUGUAUAAUAAUGGAGGAAGUAACGUGGCAGCUGCUGCUUCUGAACAAGCUGACAUUAAAAAUACACAACAAUUUACAACAUUUUAUCAAAACUCCGGUAAUAACAACAAUACAUUGUUGUUGGAAGACUCAUCAUCAAGUAAACACUAUACGGAUUAUCAACAACAACAACAACAAAAUCAUCAGGUGCAACACCAAUUAGCAGGAACAUCACACCACCACCAGUGGUUUAACAAUAGUAAUAACUAUCAAACAUCCGAACCCAAUGUUACACCAGUCACAUCAAAUCAUUCAAUUUCUAACAUUAAUAAUGCUUUAUCUGUUGAUGGCAAUAGUGCUGCUUUAGAUGGCAGUGAAGUUAGUAAAUAUUUAGAUUUGGAUUCAUGUAAACGCGAGCAAAAUAUUGAUAUAAUUGUUGGUGAUCGCUUAACUGUACCUCCACCGCCACCACCAUCUUCCUCAACUUCGUGUUCGUUUAAUGGUACAACUGAAAAUAGUAUGGCUGGUAUCUGUUCAACUGCAGCCACCUUAAAUAUAAGAACCGAUGAGAAAAUGCCAGCUAAAGGUGAAAUUUCCGAACAGGAAAGUAAUUGCGAUAUUGACAACUCUUGGAGUCAACCGAUGUAUGGCGAUAUUUCUGCACGCUUCUUUAAGACAACAUUUCCUGGAAUCUUUCCGCAAGACAAUGGCUGGAAUCAUGAGGAAUAUUUUACUGUACAGGAUUUGAGUGCUUCAGCAACUGCACAAGCAACAAAUGGGACCAGCAACCGACUAAAAAGUUAUGAACCGACCAGUAGUAGCAGUGGUAACAACAACAGCAAUGUAAUGCCAAUGUUUACCCAAAAUUCCAAUGAUAAUUGCAAUAUUGAUGUAAUGCCAUCAACAUCGGCUAAAAUACGCAAGAGACGUAAACGUAGUUCUCAAGAUGGCAAAACGUCAAAUGCCAAUGGCAAACGCAUGCUGCCAACAUCGACAGUAACUUCACAACAAAUGAUGAUGCAACAUCAAAAUGACAUACCAGGAGUUGAAUUUAGUUUCCAACAUCAACAGCUGCAACAACAUCCUCAAUUACAGCCACAACAUUUGCAACAACCCAGUACAUCGACAGCAUUUUUGGCAGGACCAUCAAAUGCUAGUACCGCCUUAACAUCUGGCUUCAUGAUGCAACCACAGCAACAAUCUCAAACCCAGCCACAACAACAUCAAACCCAACAAAAACAACGCACAAAAGUUUAUGAAUGCGGUCAUUGUAAUGCCAAAUAUUCUAAACUUAAAGAUCGUAAUGCUCACAUGGUUGAUGCCCAUAAUUAUAUACGUCAAAAUAGGAGAUUAGUAUGUCCCACAACGGGCCUUGCCACACCAUUAACGAAUUCAGAUAUGCAAGAUGUUGCACUGCCUACAACAAGCGCAGCUGGCAGCAUGUUAGUGCCUCCCUUACAAAAUGCUGAGUGUAUGGGCGAUUAUAAGCAGGGCAUUGUCAAAAUAGAAAAUGAAAAUAUUCAACGUGAUCUAACGGGCGUCGAACCGAUCAAUGCCAACUUAAGUGCUAAAACUGAAGUAAUGGAAGACGACAAACAAAAUUUAGCCCUAGUACCCAUGAAUGCAGCAAAUACUGAUCCAAAUCUUGAAUACGACACCAAACCACCAACUAAUAGUUUGCCAUUAUCGCUGACAACUCCCACCAGUAAAUUAACAACCCUCUAUCGGAUGUUGGUCUCGUUUAAUAUGACAACAUUGAAACAAAACCAAAGCCUUUCCGAAUUCGAUGAAAAUCUUAUAAAAUCUUCAAUAUUCUUUUGUUACAUCUGUCGACAGAAUUUCAAUUCAGUCAAAUUGUACGAUGCUCAUUUAACCGAACAUCCGGCUGAAUGUUUUACAUGCGGCAAAAAAUUCCAGCGAUGGAAAAAUUUCUCAUUGCAUUUGAAACGACAUUUGGGAUGGAAGGAAUUUGGUUGCACGGUAUGCGAUAAGAAAUUUGUAGUACGCAGUGCUCUCGUCGAGCAUAUGCGUAUGCAUUCAGGACUUUCACCGUUGAAAUGUAAAGUUUGUGGCAAACACUUUAAACGUUAUUCAAACUUAACACAACAUCGUAAACGACAUUCGAAACAAAUCGUUCGUAGGAAAGAGUAUGUUUGUUAUUGCGGCGAAGUUUUACCAUCAAAAGCACGAUUUUUAUGGCAUAAGGAAACUCAUGACUCUAAACCGAAAUGUUGUCCCCAUUGUUGUGAUCGUUUUGUGCAUGUGAACUCUUUGCGACGUCACAUACGUCUCGCCCAUUCAGAUAAAUUCGAUUAUACCGAACCGAUGGAGUGUCCCAUCUGCAAGCAAAUAUUUGCCAAAGCUUCUAUGAAAGCUCACAUGGCAACGCAUUCCACAGAAACGCAAUAUGAUUGUGCAAUUUGCAGCAAGUCCUUCUCAACCAAAUGGAAUUUAAAAAUCCACUCAUGGGUUCAUGCAAAUCGUACAGCUAAACCCUUUAAAUGCGAACAUUGUCCCAAAGCAUUUGUGCGCGAGGUCGAUUUCAAGAAUCACAUGAAUUCCCACAAGCAGAUUAAACCCUACACUUGUGAGGUCUGUGGCUGUAAGUUUAUACGAAAAUACAAUUAUAUGCGCCAUAGAAGAGAGCAUCAUGGAAAUAAAAAAUAUACCUGUGAUUUAUGUAAAAAGUCGUUCCAUCGUCACUACUAUCUAAUCGAGCAUAGACGCAUACAUACUGGCGAACGUCCGUUUCAAUGUACGAUUUGUGGUAAAAGUUCAACAACCAAAACUAAUCAUAACAAACACCUAAAGAUACAUCAUUCACGUGAUCCAUUUACGGUGGAAGUAUAAAUUGUAAGCAUUAUUUUAUAGAUUUUUUCUCUCUCUCCCCUAAAUGUGAGUAUAAUCUCUCUCUGUCUGUCUGUCUGUCUGUCUGUCUGUGAGUGUAGUUUGUAUUUUGUAUUACAUUCAUUUCGUUUAAAUGAUAAUAUUUUCAUCUCACUCUUCUUAAUAUGAAUGUAGGAUAGAAAAUUUCUAUAUUAAUAUUUAUUAUAGUCGUAGAAAUUAUGAAACCCACAAAAUGAAAAACACAAAAACUAAAAUUUCUAAUCUAGGUGUGUGUGUGUAUGUUGAUUUGUUAAACAAAAUAUAAUAUUGGAUAAAAAAAAAUUAGCAAAAAAAAAAAGAGGAAAACAAAAAUUUAAAAAGAAGUAUUAAUUAGUAAUAAAAACAAAAUGGAAUUUAUAUAAUAACACCUUAACCACUCUAACACAACUAAUAUUGAUGUGUAAAAAAUUGUUUGUAAAAGUCAAGAUUGUAGAAAAAUAUUUUUAAUUUGAAAAUUCUUUCUCUUGAGUUUUCUCACUUUGUAUAUUAAAAACAUAAAAUUUCAUAAUUCUUUAAUAUUGAUUUCACAAAUCCCAAAUGUGAAAUUAAAUUGUGCAAAUUUUAGAACAAAACUAUUGUUUUUUUUAGAAUUUCCUUUUAAAUACUGUAAAAACAAUAUCUUUAGCUUCCCUUGAAUUUUUUUAAUUUUUGUUUUAUUUUCUUAACACUACUUUUCUUAAAUGUGUAAAUAUUUUAUUUAUUAUUUUCCAUAAUAUUUAUUUGUAUAUAGUUUUAUUUCUUUUAAAGUUUCUUAAACAAAUUUUCCAAAAAUAUUUUUCUACAAUCUCUAGGACAAUAUGAUGAUUUGUCUCAUAAUUUUCUUGACAUAGACAUUGCUAAACUAAAUCUAAUUGAAAAAAAUAACAUGAUUUUAUUUUUAAUUUAAUCAACUUAAAAUAUAAAUAAUAAACAUAAUUAAAUAAACUGAAAAAUAGAAAAAGUUUAACAAAACAAAAAGCUCCCUA